AGUCGGUACUAUAGUCCGUGUGCACUGUGCAUCAAGAUUCCACAUCAGAUAGUAAAAGAAAUGGACACCUUACAGACUUCAUCAUGUGAAAGUGAUUCAAUACAAGUUCUGACAUCCAAAGAAUGUGAACCAACAAAUUUUAAAAAUAACUCUCACUCAGUCAGAAUACUGGAAGACUUACAAUCUCUGCGCAAAAAUGAAGUUUUAUGUGAUAUUAGAUUUGAAACUGAUGAUGGAUGUGCAACGUUUGGUCAUAAAAAUGUUUUAAUGGCAGCUAGUCCAUAUUUCCGUGCAAUAUUCAAAUCGCGAAAAAUUUGUAAAACCGGCAACAACACCGUUAAUUUGAGAAAAUUAGAUUCUACCGUCUUACAACUAUUAGUAGAUUAUAUUUAUACGGGUGAAAUUAUGGUCACAAAAGAAAAUGUACAGGGUUUGUUACCAGCUGCGAACCUCUUACAGUUAGAUUUUGUAAAUGGUGCAUGUAUUGAGUUUUUACAAAAACAGUUGAAUGCAUCAAACUGUCUUGGUAUCAGAGCGUUUGCUCGUUUACAUAGCUGUACGGAAUUGCUAUCGAGUUCUGAAACAUUCAUUAAAAAACAGUUUUUGGAAGUGGUUAAUAGCGAUGAGUUUCUAUCAUUAUCAUCCGAUGAUGUGGUUAAGAUAAUCUCCUUUAAUGACCUUGCUGUUCCAUAUGAAGAAAAAGUAAGUAAACUGCAAUAUUGAUAAUAUAAUUGUAUGGAAAGUAAGUUCAACACAAAGAGUUCUAUAAUAACUAUAAUAUUUUUCUAUGCAUUGGUUGAAAUUGACUAUUCUUGAAUAGUCAUACACAACAAAAAAAUUGUUAUCCUGUGAAUUAGGUAUAUACUUAAUUAUUGAUAGAUGAGUAUUAUAGAUAUUGCAGUGUUAUAGAAAAAUAAGCUUUAAUGCUACGCCUUAUGCCUUUAAAUGUUUAUGUAAGUCCAUAAUAAGUAUCAAAUCUCUAUUAACUUUGAAUCUAGGAUUAAUAUAACACAGAUAAAAACGUUAAGUUUUAGACAACAAGGGUAAAACAUAUU